CUCUGUUCUGAGAGUGACACAAGAGGUCCCACACCUCUGUACUGGCAGUCACAGGGUCACACAAGCUGCAUUUCCACAGAGAAGCUUCACCACAGUCUGUGCUCAUCAUUCAUUCUUCAACUCAUCAAAGAGAGAGUAUUAGCAACGGGAGAGCAGCUGAGAGGCUGCCGUUAAGGGAUCAGCCAUGCUUGGAAACAUUCACACAGAUUUGUUGGUGACAGCGACUCUACUCUUUCUAACUCAGACAAGGACUCAGUGCAGGGCUGAAAAUGACUUUUCAUUAGUUACUUUACCAGACUGGAGGACAAAUGCAGAAUAUGUUACAACGUGUUCCUACAACAGACACAACAAUCUGAUUUGUGACUGGAUAAGGAACCAACAAAGAACAGGUACAACAGAGGAUGUUGCAGUGAAUAUCUUAGAGAGUGGUCCAUUGGGUCUGGUGGGGGAGGCUUGUCUGGAGUUUUGGUACCUAGCCCCGGAUGCAGCUAAAGGGUCAGAACUCCGCGCUCUGCUAAAAAGCAGCACGGGUCUGGUGGAACUCUGGACGUCACCUCCCCUCCCCAAGGAUUCUUGGAGACAAGUGUUUGUCCCUUUGAACAUCAUUGAACCAGGAACUCAGAUUGUAUUUGAAGCAGUGUCCAUGGAGGGACAGGUCACAUUUAACCAGAUAGGUGUAAGAAGAGGCUCAUGUGGACACCAGUGUGAAUCUAACACAGAGUUAUGGACAGAUGAGUCCACCCGCUGCCUCUGUUCUGCUGGCCAGCUCUCCUGCUCUCCUUCUCAGUGCCCUAAGGGCCAAAUCUGUGGUCCUCAAAGACGAGGCUCCAAUGGGAUUUCUGCCUUUGGGACGUGCACUAUACACAGUCACACAGACUGCAGCACUUUUGAUGGAGUGCUGUUCCGCUUCAUGGCUCCCUGCACCUACACACUGGCUAAGACCUGCUCACCCACUGACGCCCUGCCUAUGUUCAGUGUGGAAGUGGUCAACGAGCAGAACAAGAACUCUUCUCUGCCAACUGUUCAACAGGUCAUUGUGGGGAUGGGGGACUUCAGAGUGUCCCUGCUGAAAAGGCAGACACAGCGCGUUGUGGUUAAUGGGGUCUGGAGAAAGCUUCCACUGAACCUCAGCAGUGGCACUGUUAUCAAGAGCAACCCCGUUGCUGUUGUACUGGUAACCAGCUUUGGUCUUUCUGUCUCAUAUGACAACGCUGGUGCUGUCCAUAUCAACUUGCCACCUACUUACUCUGAUAAUGUCUGUGGCUUGUGUGGAAACUUUAACUACCUUAAAGGAGAUGAUUUCAGAAAGCCUGAUGGUGAAGUUACUUACAACGCUACAGCUUUGGCUGAAAGCUGGCAGACUGGGCGAACCCCUUCCUCCUGUGAAACCAUUCAAGUACCUCAUCAGUGCGACCCACUGGAUGAGGCGGAGUAUGCCAGUGAGCUGUACUGUGGAGGCCUCCUCUCUAGUACUGGGCCCUUCACUGACUGCCAGUCAGUCUUGGAGGCAGAAAGCUACUUCAGGGGCUGUGUGGUCGACAUGUGCUCUACUCAUGGUGACCCAGUGGUGCUAUGUGAGAAAUUACAUGUCUACGCUGAUAUCUGCCAGGAGGCUGGAGUUGCCAUACCCAUAUGGAAGAAUUCUACAUUUUGCCCACUUCAGUGUGGUGAGAACAGCCACUAUAACUCUUGUGCUGAUGGCUGUCCCGAAGUGUGCUCCAGCCUGGAUAUAACUGGCUCCUGUGGAAGCUGCGAAGAAAGAUGUAUGUGUGACUUUGGCUUCAAACUCAGUGGGGGAAAGUGUGUCCCAGCAGAGGACUGUGGGUGCUGGUAUAAUGGAAAACACUAUGAGAAAGGAGCAACACUGUUAGAAGGAGAGUGUGUGCAGCAGUGCCAGUGCAUGGGUAAUAAUGACAUGCAGUGCACCACAAUGCAAUGCACAGACAAUGAGGUUUGUAAAGUCAAGGAUGGGGUCAAAGGCUGCUUCCCUUUCUAUCCCGCCACCUGCAGUGUGUAUGGUGAUCCACACUAUAUCACCUUCGAUGGAAUGGCUUAUGAUUUUCAAGGGGGGUGCAGUUACACACUGACUACCACGUGCGGAGAAGAAAGCUCAGUCCAGUUUACUGUGAUCGGACACAACAUCCAUCCUCCCCUUCAGAACUUCACCCGGUCCAAGCUGGAAGCUUUGACUCUUCAUGUUGAGGAUCUAAACCUCACCCUGAAUCAGAGCGGAGAAAUCUACGUGAAUAAUGUCCAUGUCCAACUUCCGUAUUCAACCAAUGGUACAUACGGCUCAGUAUGGGUGUACAUGAAGAAUAAUUAUAUUAUCUUGGAGACGACCUUUGGCCUCAGAAUGAUGAUAGAUGGGCAGAACAGGCUCUUCCUUCAGGUGGAUGAGCGCUACAAGUAUGAACUGUGUGGACUGUGUGGCACGUACUCCGAACAACAGGACGAUGACUUCAUAACACCAGGAGGCAAAAACGCUACUGAGCCGUUUGAGUUUGGUGACAGCUGGAGGGUGCAAGGCAAUAAUGAGUGUAUUUCCCAUCCAAAUGAUCCCAGGCACUGUGAUUAUGAUGAGGAGAAUGAGGCCUACAAUGAAUGCUACACGCUGCUAGGGGAUGCCUUUAAGCCCUGCCAUGAAACCAUUCACCCAAGCAUCUACAUCAAUAGUUGUGUGUAUGACUACUGUGCCACAAGUGGUGACCAACACACACUAUGUGAAUCUCUGAAGUCCUAUGCAGCAGCAUGCCAAGUUGCAGGAGUGGAGCUGACCAACUGGCAGACAGGCACAGCCUGUGCUGACCCCUCAACCACCGCAACUCCUCCAACAACUCCAACUCCCACAUCUCCAACACAAGAUCAGACUUUCUGUCCCAUGAAUUGCGACUUUGAAAAAAAUCUGUGUGGGUGGGAACAGCUCAUACAGGACAGUUUUGACUGGACAAGAAAUUCAGGACCCACCCCAUCAACCCUAACUGGCCCAAACCAAGACCACACCACUGGAGCUGGUUUCUACAUUUAUAUUGAGGGAAAUAGUGUAACCCACGGAGAUUCAGCCCGUCUACUGAGCUCAAUGUGCCAUUAUGAUGGCCCACUCUGCCUGCACUUUUGGUACCAUAUGUAUGGUUCAGCUUCAGCCAUGGCCCUCAAUAUCUACCUGCUCAAAGACAAUAAAGCUACCAAGCUCUGGUCUAUGAUGAACAACCAGGGACCAGAAUGGCAUCCAGUAAAUGUUGACAUCAGAGUGUCUGGUCCAUUCCAAAUUAUAGUGGAGGGAAUUCGAGGCUCUAAUGCUGAAUCAGAUGUGGCCAUGGAUGACAUUUCCGUGCAUUUUGGCUCAUGCUCAGGUAGUUUUCCUGGCCUGGUUAGUGGAACUGAACUUCCUUCCACAUCUGCAGAAAUCCUCCCCUCACACCCAGUCUGCAACAUCGACUGUAGCUUUGACAGCAACCUCUGUAGCUGGAAUCAGAUGAUCACAGAUGCUUUUGACUGGACAUGGCAAAGUGGUUCCACCCCCACCCUGCUGACUGGGCCCUCUGCUGACCACACUGGUGGUGGUCACUAUCUUUACAUCGAGGCCAGCAGCGUGACACACGGAGACACGGCUCGUCUCAUCAGUUCUAAGUGUUCUGCCUCUGGUCCUCAGUGUCUGCAGUUCUGGUACCAUAUGUACGGUUCAGCAGAUACAAUGGGCCUCCAUGUCUACUUGGUCCAAAACAGAUUAACCGACGCUGUUUGGUGGAAAAGAAAUGACCAAGGAAAUAUGUGGCAACUGGCUCAGGUGGACUUCACAACAACUGGAGCUUUCCAGAUUAUCAUUGAGGGGCGUAGAGGCUCCAGCGAGGUGUCUGACGUGGCCGUGGAUGAUGUAAAGCUUUAUCGUGGUCAAUGCUCUGAUCUGGGUGGUCUUGUGACAACAAGUCCUCCUGAACUUGAUGGAAACACCACAGCUCUUCCAAGUGUACCUGUGCCAACCACAGCUCCAGAGCCUCCUCUGGUCAAUGUUACAGCUCAGCCACCUGUACCAAAUGUCACCAUACCUCCCGUAGUGGAGGCAACAACCAACUUAUAUAAUGAUAAUGUUACUGAAGCUUCAGAUAAUAGACCACCUCCACACCCAGUAUGCCAACUCAACUGUAAUUUUGAACAAGAUCUAUGUCAGUGGAGUAACCUUCUUACGGAUGUUUUUGAUUGGACAAGAAACAGUGGGUCCACUCCUACUAUGAUGACUGGGCCUUCUUCGGAUCACACCACAGGGGAUGGCCACUAUCUUUAUAUCGAAGCCAACAGUGUGUCGCAUGGAGACACGGCUCGUCUCAUCAGCUCAGAGUGUUUUUACUCUGGUCCUCAGUGUCUGCAGUUCUGGUACCAUAUGUACGGUUCAGCGGAUACAAUGGGCCUCCAUGUCUACUCGGUCCAAAACAGAUUAACUGACGCUGUUUGGUGGAAAAGAAAUGACCAAGGAAAUAUGUGGCAAAUGGCUCAGGUAGACUUGACAACAACUGGAGCUUUCCAGAUCAUUUUUGAGGGUCGAAGAGGUUCCAACGAUCAGUCUGAUGUGGCCAUAGAUGAUGUAUCGCUGCAUCAUGGGCACUGUGCAGACCUGGCUAAACCAACAACCCCAUCUCCCACAACCUUCAAUCCAGCUGCAACAGAAGUCCCGGAGCUUCCUCCAGCAAACAGCUCAACUGCUACACAGCCACAAACAUCAACAUCAAAACCACAGCCACCAUCAACAACUACCAUUACAAUGACCACCACAACAACAGCAGCUACUGUAACCACAAAGACCACACCACAGCUACCAAUAACAACCAGACCAAUAACAUCAGCCACACCAGGACCACCAACAACAACUAGACCACAACUUCCAACUGAAACUCUGCCACAAACAACAGUUAAACCACAACCACCAACCACAUCUCAACCUGAGUCACAAACAACAAAUAGGCCACAACCUACAACAACCAUUCCACAACCACCAACAACUGCUAGACCACAACCUACAACCACAGCUCAGCCACAACCACCAACAACAGCUAGACCACAACCACCAACCACAUCUCAACCAGAGUCACAAACAACAAAUAGACCGCAUCCUCCAACCACAGUUAAACCUAGACCCACAACAACAGCUGGACCACAAACAUCAACUACACCUGUACCAACACCCUCCUGCCCAAAGAACAGUCAUUACGCCACUUGUAUCCCUGCCUGCAGGCCCACUUGUACAUACCUGAAUGGCCCACCACAUUGCAGUGACAAGGAGGAUUGUAUGCAGGGAUGUGUAUGUAAUGAAGGCUUUGUGCAGAAAGGGAGGGUUUGUGUGCCUAUCCAACAAUGUGGAUGUGUGGACAGGAAUGGCAACAAACAUCAGUUCAAUGAAGAGUGGUACACCAAUCACUGCAGUCAGAAAUGUGAAUGUGAGAAAGACCAUGGUGUGGGGAAGAUUGACUGCGAUGACAAAGAUGGGUGCGAUAGAAACGCUGUCUGCCUUCAAAAUGACGAGGGCAAUUAUGACUGCCAGUCUGCAGGCUUCAAUGAGUGCACUAUCAAAAGAGAGUACAGAACCUUUGACAAAAUGAAGCAUGACUUUGAGGGUGAGCACUCAUAUGUUCUAGUCCAGACCAAGAACUUGCCAAGUAUCCUUCCAGAUGUCUACAUUGAGGGCAUCAAUACACGCACUGAUGAUGAUGAUAGUAGCAGUGAAGAAGACCACAGUCACAGAGUCAGGGAUGAAGAUGAAGAUUAUGAUGAAGAUUAUGAUGAUAAACUUCGUCGUCAUGACCACAGUGAAGAGCACAAGGAACACCACAGAUUGCAGGAGCUUAAGAUCAGAGUAUACAAUCACACUGUGGAGUUCAAGAAGAAACGAAGGCUGGUUGUGGAUGGCAGGAUAACUAAUACUCCUGUCUCACCUACUGCCGGUGUAACCAUCCGGGAGCGUUCUUCUCGCAUCUACCUGAAGACGGACUUUGGACUCUCAGUGGAGUUUGAUGGACACAGCACAGCAGAGAUCAUUCUACCACGUAUAUAUAAGAGAAAGGUGGGGGGCCUGUGUGGGAACUUUGACGGUAAUAGCCGGAAUGACUGGAUAAAGCCUGAUGGAACCAGAGCCAGGAGUGUUCAGGAGUUUGGAGAGAGCUGGAGAGUGUGAAUAUCAGAUGGCUGUAAGGAUGAGACAUGGCACUCAAAAAUACCCUGUAGAGGUUUUGACCACUAGUAGAAACAUUACUUUGGCAGUUUACAAGAAAAGUCCACACUGAUAAUAUCUGUCACCUUGUAAAAUAAGAACAGAAUGAAUGCAGAUUUUGUUUCUUCUUCGACAACACACCCAAUCCCAAUAGUUACUUGGUACUUUUUGUUUUGUUUUGUUUUUGUUUUCCACCUCCAGCUUUUCAGGCCAAUAAAUACAGUUAAAUAACAAAUUCUUGCUGUUAUGAGUAUAAGUAUAUAUAAGUAUAUCAUAGUAAAAAGACUUUGCUGCCUACUACUGCACUUGCAUUAUUAUUAUAUGCGUUCUGCAUGACUUCAAAUGAAUUAUUUAUCACUGUCUGACACUGUUGGAAAUAAAUUGAAUGUGCAAUAAAUGAUUAUUCAAAAUGUGGCUUGCACUUGGUCAUAAUGUGUAUUUGAAUGCCUGUGCAUUGGUAGGUUUUCUUUUGAAACUUUUAUGCAAAUAUGAAAAUAUGCACUGUGGUUAAAUUUUUGUUGCCAUUGGUCUAGUAAUUUCCGUGUAACGACAAUAGCAUUCUUGACAUAUCUAUGUCUAAGUCCAUCCAAGUCUGAAUGUGUAACCCAUUAUCUCUCUGUCGAAAAGAAAAUAAAAACCAUUACAUUGCA